AGAAUUUCUUUUGGAAAAAGAAAAAGUGAGAAUUUAAUUUUCACCUACGAGCAAGAAAGGUAUAGAAAGUACAGUGGAAACAGAUUCCUUUUCUUGGUCUCAAAACUCCAUCAAAUUCCCCUUGUGAAUGAAAAAAGUUUCCAUCAAAUUCCACAGCCACAGAGUGACUGAGAAAAAGCGAGAAAGAGAGAGAGAAAAUGGUUGCUCGGAAAUUCCAGGUCCGCCACAACGACGCUGACUUCGUCAUUGACUACGACACCGACGACGGCUUCGAGACUCUCAAGUUCCAGCUCUUCUCUCUCACUUCAGUCGUCCCUGACGACCAAAAGAUCAUCGCCGUCGAUGAAAAUCGAGUUUUAUCGGACGACUCCGAUCUCAUUUCGGUUGCCGAGAGACUCCGACUUGUAUCGGUCAACGAUGAAGUCAACGAGCAGCCACAACCGCAAUCGUCAAGUCACAUUGCGGGAAACGCCGCCGCAUUGCUAAUGUCCGAUGAGGAAUUAGCUAGAAUUUUGCAGGCGGAGGAGGAAGCGCUUAUGUUGCAGCCGCAUAUUGCCGGGGGGAGUACUGAAGAUUUCGAGAAGCAAAUAAGGCCUUAUGUUGAUAAAGUUCGCAUGUAUGAGGACCCAGUGUACCAGCAGGCUGCUCGGAAAACAGCCCCUGUUGAUGAGCUUGAGGAGAAAGCAUUAGUUGCUCUGGCCAGGGAGGGGAACUUUGAACCAUCAAAAGUGGAACAAGAUCAUGCCUUCCUGCUGCAGCUGCUUUUCUGGUUCAAAAAAUCCUUUAGGUGGGUCAAUGUGCCUCCUUGUGAUGUUUGUGGCAGUGAAACCAUAAAUCAAGGCAUGGGGUCUCCAGAUGAUUCAGAAAGUCAAUAUGGAGCAUCUCGAGUUGAACUAUAUCGGUGCAAAAUUUGCUCAAAAAUUACUCGUUUCCCACGCUAUAAUGAUCCUUUAAAGCUUUUGGAAACAAGAAGAGGGCGUUGCGGGGAGUGGGCCAAUUGCUUUACGUUUUAUUGUCGAGCUUUUGGCUAUGAAUCACGUCUGAUAUUGGAUUUUGGUGAUCAUGUUUGGACAGAGUGCUUCUCACAGCUUUUAGGAAGAUGGAUGCAUCUUGAUCCUUGUGAAGGAGUAUAUGACAAACCAUUGUUAUAUGAAAAGGGGUGGAAUAAGAAAUUAAAUUAUGCAAUAGCCAUUUCAAAAGAUGGGGUCUGUGAUGUUACAAAACGCUACACAAGGAAGUGGCAUGAGGUUCUGCCCCGACGAAACAUCAUUACAGAGCCUGCCUUGUCUGCUCUCCUUGCUACUAUAACACAAGAAUGUAGAAGAGGCAUUAGUUCUCAGGUGCUUUCUGAGCUUGACAAGUGUGACCAAAUGGAAAGAGAAGCACUCGAGAGAGAUUUACAUUCUACAGAUGAUGCAUCAAUCUCAUUACCUGGAAGACAAAGUGGAGACAAAGAAUGGCGCAAGUCUAGACUAGAACUUGGCUCUGAUUCUCUAAGUACUUCUUCUUGCCCGGUUCGUAAAUGUGUAGAUGAGCAUGUUACAAGGAUUUACAAUGCAUUUUGUCCAGUACUUUCUCAGUUUGUUAAGGAAGAAAAUCCUAAGAUUAAAGCCAUUAAAGCACUCGAGUUUUUUAAAAAAAUUCUCAUGGAUCUCAAGAAUACCCCUUUUAAAAUGAGGAAGGCCUCCAUAGAUUCAGCAUCAAAUACUAUACAAGCUAUCGUGCAUCAGUUGCUACCUUCUUUUGCUGAGUUACUUAAUGCUCUCUCUCUGAAGAGUAAGGCAGACCCUGAUGGGAGGGUUGACAUUUGUCUGGCUGGUGAUCCUGUUAAAACCUCUUUGGGAUUGCCUGUUGUGUUGGAUGCUUUGGAUGACAUGAUCCAGAACCUUAAAAAAAUUGACAACUUUGUUGAAGAUUCUCUAUCAUUGCCACUUCUGAAAUUAAACAGAAUACAUUCCGGUUUUGUCCGUGCAAGUGGUGAGGAGCUUCCUGUGGGAAUUGCCACAUCAGCAUUUGAUGGAACUCGCAAUUUUAAAUGGGAAGAACCUAAUGGUGCAAAAGGUUGUUGGAUUAUGUAUGAAGUAGCAGAUGAUAAGAUGCACGAACUUGUGGCAUAUGAGUUAAUGUCAGCCAAUGAUGUACCAGAAAGGGAUCCAAGGGAUUGGGUUGUUGAGGGAAGCAAUGAUGGUAGAUCCAGCUGGCACCUUCUGGAUAAACAAACUUCUCAGAUGUUUGAAGACCGUUUCCAGCAUAGAACAUUUAAGAUUACACCAGUAGGGCUUCAAUUCAAUGUUUUCAGGUUUAGGUUUUUGGCGGUUCGAGAUGUUAAAGACAAUUCACGGCUCCAACUUGGUAGCAUUGACCUAUAUGCCAAAGGCAGUUAAUUUGAUAGACUGGAAUUUGGUAUCCCAGUUGGAUGAUUUUUUAUAUCUUUCUCAAUUGAGAUGAUGCAUUGCUUUUAUGAUCACCUCAUUGGAAAGUAAGGAAAACUCCAAGGGAAGUUAAUGAAGCAUGAAAAUGUUCUUCUGAUUGGUUGUAAUCAUUACUUUCAUUUCGUCCGCAAUUUGCAAAGUCUUGUAGAAGAUCUAAGCCCUAUGGUCUUAGGUGUGUAUGUUAGAUGAUUCAAAUGUUUGUUUUUCUCAUUAUUUGGCCAACACUGAAAUACGAUAAAUGCUUGAUUAAUGAGUAAUACUAAAAAGAAAUAAAGGAAACUAUGAUAUUAUCCCUCA